GGGGACAGGAUCUGAAGCAGGCUCUGCACCGACAGCAGAGAUUUGAGGCUCAAACUCACAGAUAUAGGAUGCUCAACUGACUGAGCCACCAAGGAGCCCCUUAGUGAGUAUUUUUAAAGGAGGGAGAAUAACUAAGAGUAGUCAACCCACCUACUUUUCUAUUUCUACCCUUGUAGUGGUCAAUUUUUCAAUAACGUAUCUAUCUUACAUUUUUUAAAUGUAAUUUGAACUUAACAUUUUUAGAUGCAAAUUUUUUAGAUCCCUCCUUAAUCCAUUUUUGAGAGCAUUUUUGAGAUCAUUGAAUUUAUAGCAUCUAUUCCAAACAAUUUCCCUCCUUAUGUAGCAACCUUUCACUUUGGCUAGGACUCAGACCACCCAAAGCUUCCGAGGUGGUCCCAGACAGUUAAAGCAAGGCCAAAGAUGGGUUUCAGAUUCUGAGACUAAAAUCUCCACGUUAUAAUUCUCUGCCUCAUGAAAUAAUGAUUGCUUCAAUAGCAGGUAUACGAUCUUAAUUAGUCUAAUCAGAGUAAAACUAAGUUUUGCUCUAUGACUGGGAAUGGGAAUCUCUUGUGGGGCGGAAAAUGAAAGCAGGUGACCAUAGUUGUAGGUGGAAUAAAUCUUGUGAACCUAAGGGAAGGUGGCUUUAGGAGUAAGCCUGCUUUAAACAAAACUAGCAUGUUUGUGUACUUAUUAAAUACUUUGGUAAAUUAUGAGAAGCUGGAACUAAAUUAUGACUUUACAUAAUGCAUUCCACCCCAAUAUUUUACUUCAUUUUCUCCCAGUUCACAGUUCACUGCUGUUAAGGAAAUCUACAGAGAUGCCUUCUUGUACUAUAAUAACUAUCUAUUUGUGUUCCAUCUUACAGUUUAUCCAAUUUCAUAUCCUCUGAGAAGACUCUCAAAGUGACUCAUGUAUACUUUCCCUUUGCAUUACAACCGAAAGAAGGCCAAGUAAUGAUUCAGUCUUCUUUCAGGUUUUCAGUCCUCUCAGAAAUACUACAAACUUCUGGGGGCCAGGAAUCACAUCUUGUUUUUAAAACAAUACUAACAACAUCAGAAACGGUAAAGAGUAUAAAACAAUUCUUAUGGAAGAUAGAAUAUAUUUUUAAUCACUACACACAAUGAGUAAAACAACAUUUGUUUCUAAAGGGACAUUUAUAUUAGUGGAAUUUAGGUAGCUUUCAUCUAACCGAAAAUCUGUGGAGACGCAUGGUGGCGCUGCAGGAUAACAUCGCGCCGGGGGAAAAGAAACUGAAUUGGAUGAUGUCCUGGACCCUGUUACCCAGUGCGCACAGAGCGUUGGGAAGACAAAAAGAACACACCUUCAAAGGGCGAACUACAAGCUAUUCAACGGGGUUAAAAUCCUUAGGCCUCCGAAGAUUCGACGGACAUUAUCAGAGGCACAUUUCCCAGAACUGCGAAGGGUAGCUGAAGCGAUUCUGCAGGAAGCUUUCAGGAAAGGAGCUAUGGAGAACGGAAGAGCAGACACUCUGCAGAUAAGGCAAGUCCUGCUUCUCUUUGUUUUGCUAGGAAUAUCUCAGGCGGGUUCCGAGUCCGGGCGCUUUUCUGUGGCAGAAGAAAUGCAGAGUGGGAGCUUUGUAGGCAACUUGGCAAAGGACCUGGGAGUAGAAGUGGGUGAGCUGUUCUCAAGGGGGGCUCAGGUGGUCCCUAAUGAUAACAAAAACCGUUUGCAGCUGGACAAAAACACCGGGGAUUUGCUCUUAAGCGAAUCGCUAGACCGGGAGGAGCUCUGUGGCUCCACUGAGCCUUGUGUGCUGCAUUUCCAGGUGUUAAUGAAAAACCCUUUGCAGUUUUUACGCAUUGAGCUCCAGGUCACGGACAUAAAUGACCACUCUCCCAUAUUCUUAGAAAAAGAAAUGCUCCUAGAAAUCCCAGAGAAUAGUCCUGUUGGUGCUGUGUUCUUACUAGAAAGUGCGAAGGAUUUAGAUGUAGGAAUCAAUGCUCUGAAGAACUACAUAAUAAGCCCCAACUCUCAUUUCCACAUUAAAAUGCGAGUCAAUCCGGACAAUAGGAAAUACCCAGAAUUGGUUCUGGACAAGGCACUGGAUUAUGAAGAGCAGUCGGAGCUCAGUUUCAUCCUUACUGCUCUGGAUGGUGGGUCUCCACCUAGGUCUGGGACUGCAACUGUCCGGGUGGUGGUUGUGGACACUAAUGACAACUCUCCCGAGUUUGAGCAACCAUUUUAUGAGGUGAAGAUUCCAGAGAAUAGCAUAUUAGGCUCACUCAUUGUCACCGUCUCAGCUUGGGAUUUAGACUCAGGAAAAAAUGGAGAAAUAUCAUAUUCUUUUUCCCAUGCCUCAGAAGAUAUUCUCAAGACAUUUGAAAUUAAUCAAAAGUCUGGAGAAGUCAGUUUAACAGCAUCCAUGGAUUUUGAAACAAUUGAAUCAUAUUCAGUAAUCAUUCAAGCUACAGAUGGGGGAGGUCUCUUUGGAAAAUCAACAGUCAGAAUUCAGGUGAUGGAUGUGAAUGACAAUGCUCCUGAAAUAGCCAUAUCGUCAAUUACCAGUCCAGUCCCAGAAAAUUCGCCUGAGACUGUGGUUAUGGUUUUUAGCAUCCGAGACAGAGACUCUGGGGACAAUGGGAGGAUGAUUUGUUCUAUCCCAGAAGACCUCCCUUUCAUGCUAAAAUCUUCAGUUGAGAAUUAUUACACUUUGGAAACGGAGAAAAUGCUGGAUAGAGAGAGCCAGGCCGAGUACAACAUCACCAUCACC